UAUACUUGCUUAGAAUGUAAUCUAUUUGAUGAUGAAGAUAAAAAACAAUUUCACUGUGAUGGAUGUGGGAUUUGUCGCAUUGGCGGAGCAGAUAGAUUCUUUCAUUGCCAGAAAUGCAAUAUGUGUCUUCCCUUGCAGCUUAAAGGUGAACAUAAGUGUGUUGAAAAUGUAUCCCAUGCCAACUGUCCCGUAUGUCUUGAGGAUAUCCACACUUCCCGAAUACCCUGUCACAUACCCCCCUGCGGACACCUUCUACACAGAAACUGUUUUGAUCAAAUGAUAAGUGCUGGACUGUUUGCUUGCCCUAUUUGUCAGACUUCUCUAAUGAACAUGGAGAAGAUGUGGAAAUACUGGGAUAUUGAAGUAGAGAAUACUCCCAUGCCUGUUGAGUACAGAAGUUAUUAUGUUCCGAUUCUCUGCAGAGAUUGUCAUAAG